AUGCUAUUAUUGAAUAUAUACACAGGACAGGCAAAAGUACAUCCAAUUCAAAUCUCACCGAAAGAUGAUGCCUUUAACUGGUAUAAGUUCCCAAUUUAUGCCCUUUCCGAAGUUGCAUCAAACAAGAACCAAAUCUCCUUCAUAUUUGAAACAACCAUGAGUGCAAAAAUUAUAACUUUGAAGAAAAUUCCUUCAAUAAAAUCAUCGUUUAAAGUUGGUGAUUUCGAUUCUUUUGAGAAUACUAAGACUGGUCCUGAAGAACAUGCCUUUAAAUGUCCUAUCUAUGUUGGUACUUUCGAAAAUUUAAUGAAUCGUAGUUUUUGUGAUUUGAUUCGCAAAUGGGAUGAAACAAUGGUACAGCUGUCUUUGUGUUAUUUGGCAAUUAAUGGCUUUGAUAAAAUAAAUCAGGAUCUCUUUGAAAGUGUGAAUAUUGGUUCCUUAAAGUGGUUCUUCAAAAUAUUGGUAUUCACAAAGGUUGAUGGUGUGUCAGCAAACUAA